AGUGUUUUCUGUCUCAAUUUCUAUUCGCUAGCUUGCUAUGUGACGCUUGAGUUAUAUUGCCAGUGGCGCGGAGCUCUGCUUCACCUGUGUGUGAUAUAGGUUUAGUUCAAUUUAUAUUACUGUAAGCGUUGCUCAUCAUAUGUAUCCAGCAUAACAUGCGUUUGUAGCAAGGCGUCAAAUCAUCGAGUUUUGAGAGAAAAAGAAUCAAGUAAGAGAGUAGAGUUUAUGCUUGUCUUCUUUUUUGAUAAUAUGAUGCUUUUUUGAUAAUACGAUUUUUGCUUUCAUGAUCUCAAGAAUCUUGGUUCAACUGAUGUUUCGAAUUUGUUUUUGACAUUUGGCUAUAGAAAUUAUCGGAUUGCUUUUGUUGAACGCGAUUGCUUAUUUGGAAUACUUGACAGCACGCCUCAACUUGCGAUGAGCAAAAAAAGUAUUAGGUGCUGUCCUGGAUUGGAACUCCUCCAACUGACAUUGCAUUGGUAGCAUUCAUGUGAAUGGUUGCAUGCCCCCUCGCAGCCUUAAAUAUAGUGUCGGUAGUUCCAGAUACCAAGGCGGGUUGUGACGACUGCAGUUAACGCUUUAACCAGUAAACAUGAAAUCCUGCCAGAUCCAAUGAUCUAGAAUCAAGGCUGCAUUCGAUAUUUUUUGGGUUCAAGAUGGGUUAAGAUGAUCAUCCUUUAGUUAAGUCAAGACAGUUUUCUUGCACGGGCUUGUUCUGCGAGUUCGAGCAAUUUCAUGGGCACUAUACUAUGAAAGAUAGCAGAUUUUGAGCUUAUCUCAUUUCUUUUUUAAGGUCAAUAGAAAAGCUAUCCGAAUAAUCUUUUAUGGAACUCUGACACUAUUGCGUUAUGAUCACAAGUCACUUGGUUCAACUGAUGUUACGAAUUGGUUGUUGAAUAUUGUUGGUAGAAAUGUUCUAAAUGUUUAAUGUGCAAGUGAUGAUAGGCAACAUCCUGCCUCAUAUUGCGAUGAGCAAAAUAAAAAACACGAGGUGCGUGGUCUGCGCUGGAUUACAAUUACUCUAGUUGAAAUUAGGUGGUUGUAUGCAUAUGCAUGGAUGCAUGCCCUCUCGGGGCACAAAAAAAUGGCAUCAGUAAUGAUCUUAAAACAAGGAGGUUUCCGAUGACCAGUAGUCAAGGAGGUUUCCGAUAACUUCUGAGUUCAAGCCGGGUUCAAGUGUUUCUUAAGCGAAGACAGUUUCCGAUGGUCCAGGACCAAAGUGUCAUCUCGAGCAAUUUAUGGGCGCUAUGUAAAAACGCAUGAAAAUGUAAUUUAUGUUUGUCUUGUUUUUUUAUGAAAAUUAAAUUCGACUUGGUUGCAUGUUUUCGAAUUGGCUGUUGAUUUUUGACGGUAGAAAUGUUCUGAUUGUUUUUAUUAAUAUUUUAUUCAACUACUUCUCUGCCUUAUAUGCACAGACUGAUCGUUAUCUGAAACGUGUUUCAUUAGAAGUAAAUUAAUUUUAAAAUCUGCUCAAUUCAGCAACUCCUAUGCAGAAAUACCCUUCAACCAAAAUCAACUACAAGGACAGGGCCAGGGUCACGUGAGCCCCUCGGGGUCAAAAGGGGGAAAAGGACCUUCCCCACAGCCCAAGAACAACAGGGUCAUGAUAUUAUCCCAAGAGGAGAACCUUCGCAAUUUCGGAUGUCCAAUCGCAAUACUCACCAAGCCCAGGACAACCCCUCCCCCUCGCACCACACCCCCAUCGGGGGCGGGGUCUUACACACAAAGAUCACCCGGUGGCUCUUUUCAGAUGCAGAGUGCAAUUUCCAACCCCCACUUGCAAGACCACUGUAACAGCAGUGGGUCGGCGCCCCCUCUAGACGGUGGUGUGAACUUGAGUGACGGAGAGGACAACACGUGUGGGGUGGCAGCCCCUCCCCUUCUCGGAGAGCCCCCCUCUUCAGAUAUAGAGUCCUUAUAUGAGGCAUCAACUAUCGCACUCAGUUCAGUAUGUGGAAGUGACCCUCGAGACAAAAUAACAGAGCCAGAGUACGACUGUCGAGAGGAAGACUUCAUCAACGACUACGACUUCUCAGGCGCCGGCGACCAGGGACUCAUGGCGUCUACGUGCAGCAGUGUCAGUGCUAACCACCGCUACGAGACCGCGUUUCCACGCGACGACAACUUACAACCAUGUCUCAGCGACAAUCUUCGAAAUGCCGCCGAUACGAGAACCUCGUCUAAGAGCAGUUCAUCUCGACACGUAUGUCCGAUACAACACCAACCAGUCGUAGCAACUCAUCCGCCCAAGUUUGUGCCUUCGCCUAACGGCGUGAACAAAUCGAAACUGAGUAACAGCAGUCCCCAUUCUAGCCAAUCAGAUCGCUCCAAUAAAGUGGACAGUCCCUUGAACGGAUUCGAACCCAUUUUGGCCCCAAGGGAGAAAAGCAAAUGUGUUCCGAAGAAGGUGAUGAAACCGAUAGUGGGAAAUUCAAAUUCGAACAGUGUGAAGUCCGUGACAGAUGUGGAGAAAGUGUCUCCUCAUACCUUGCCCAAUGGGACUGCACCAGCAGCAGUUCAUGGCCUGGAGGAACAAUGCAAUAGUUGCUCAUGCUUUUAUCACCAAUCAUCUGACUAUCAUGCUAAUGGGCAUCCGAAGUCCAGUAUCCACAGUGAAAACUGCUACGAGAACCAAUACAUGGUCGACGUCAAGGCCAAAAACGCAAAAAGCGCAGUCAUGUUCUCCGGCAACGUGUGCUAGCCGACAUUAUGCUAUGCAGGCGCAAAUGCAGUUCAAUUUCUAUCAUUUGAAGAACUAUUUUAAGCUACGAAACUAUUUACAGCCGUUCAAAUUCGUGAAGUUGCAGAGCCGAAACUAUGUUUCUAUUUAGGUAAUUAUCAAAUGUAAACAAUGAAUUGAUUUAAGUUUUUAAAAACAAAACAGAUUUAUGAUUUUUGAAGCUUUCUGAACAUAGUAUUUAACAUUUGCUAUUGCGACCGCAGUCUUUCAUGAGUUGUGCAGUCAAUAAUCAAAAAGAAUUAAAAAAAAAUACGCGAGAACCAGUUUCAUGUUUUUUGUUCAAAGAUGGAAAUCCAUAGACGUUUACAAUGUGGUGUUUCUAUGCUUUAUUUCAUUUCCUGAUUUGGGACAUUUAAGUCUAAGAAACAUGCAAACUUGAAGUCUGAAUAUAUGUAAUUGUAAAGAAUUGAAGAGCUUAAAAAAUAAAGGGCCUAGUCACAACUGAAAAGGAUUCAAGAUAAUAUA